CUGGACAGAGUAUGUUAGAAGUGAACAAACCCUUCUGACAUUCAAGAAAGAAUUAUUCACAUAUAGAACAGAAACUAUAGAAUGAAUUUAAAGGGAGAGAACGAGAAAAUAGGGUACAAAUGAUUCAGGCGCUGAUACCGAGCUACUACUCGCAACGGGCAGAAACAGGGCCGGUGCGCGACUAUUGUGGCAUAAUCCGACCGCUGAGCUGAAGAGGCCAGUACGAGUACAGUUACCACAGUGGAAUAUGGUUAUCUGUAUUAUUGCCCUGUAUAGUUGCCUCGCGUUCUGGAAUCACCAAGCUAGUGGUCACUACAGUGCACGAGGUUUACUACAGCAACACCAAUCUACAGAGAACAUUUACAUCGCCAUCUAUCAAUUGUGCCAUCAAUAUCCGGUCAUCAUUAACGCCCGACAGCAAUGUGGUCCCAUAGUAAAAGGCUUACCGUGUACGGUUUACAAUAAAACCUACGACAACGGAGAAACGUUCAGGCUAGACUGCAGAACACAGUGCACUUGCCAGAACGGAACUUAUGCCUGUGCAUCGUUGUGUCCGCAAGAGAACAUAUCUCCUCAGGGACUUUGCAGACAUCCCCGGCUAGUCGAAGUGCCCGGACAGUGUUGCAGAGAAUGGAUGUGUGACAACGUAAAUAUGGAAAGGCCACCGAAUUGCGAAGCGUUGGUGACUCCGUGGUCGGAAUGUUCAUCGCAGUGUGGUCUGGGACUUUCGAGGCGCAUGUCUAAUGCAAAUGAAGCAUGCAAACCUAAUAACGAAACCAGACUUUGCCAAAUAAGGCCGUGUCACUCACCACCACUAGUGAAUGCUAAAUAUGCAAGACACCACCACAUAAGGAAGGGUCACGAGUGCAAGGCGACGAUCAAGUCGAUGGCGCCGAUGCGGCUGAAGUUCGGCGACUGCCGGAGCCGGAAGACGUUCCACCCGAAGCGGUGCGGCGGCGCGUGCCCGGCGCACGUGGAGUGCGCGCCCGAGCUGAGCACCACGGUCAAGGUGGAGUUCCUGUGCCGCAGCCCGGUGGAGGGACACGACAGGCUGGACGGCGCGGUUCCGGGCGACGACCUGUGGGAACCGGUGCACCGACCGUUCUCGGCCACGGCCGACGACUACGUGCACAGCGUGUACGUGGACGUCGAGUGGAUCGUCAAGUGCACGUGCCGGCGGCACGCGGACUGACGACGGCGGCGGCCGUGAACCGCAGCGCGACCCCAGCAACCGGCCGCCCGCGACUUGGCUGAACUGUGAACGGCGUCCUCGGCGUACAAAUCCUUUUUUUUCCGAUUUUUUCCGAUUUUCUUUUCUCGACGUCUCUCCGGAAGCCGUUCGCGUCGCGCACAUGCAUUCGAAUGCAGACACGCACACAUACACACAUACACGUACACACACACAAACACACACACACACACAUACACAUCAAUUCAGUUCACUCAUUAAUAGUAUUAUACACUAUUUAUUACGAAGGAUGCGAAAGAACGAGUGAGAUGGAGUGAGAGUGCGCAGGAUUCGGAGUUUUUAAAAACGUUUUCAACGUUAGAUGUAUUUAUUAUUAUUAUUAUUAUUAUUAUUAUUAUUAUUAUUAUUA